UUUCAGAACUUCGCCAUGGUCACCGUGGGUGAAAUCUCGACAUGGCAUUCAGUUAUCGUUGGGACGAUAUCUAUUUUUCUCAAUUCACUAUUACUUUUUACGAUCUGUUCACGCUCGUUGAAAGUCGUUGGUGCCUACAAAUAUAUGAUGCUCGCCACAGCAACCCUUGACCUUCUGUUCAGCAUGGUCGAUAUCCUCAGUUUGCAGUUUUCCAUGGGGCAACGAAUGAUAGGAAAUACAUUUAUAAUUAUGUUGAUAGUCUACCAAGUCCGUAUGGCAGUUGAAUACGAGCAUGGCGACCUGGCAGAAAACCCCGGUCACCUAGCUCAUGCCGCCGGGAGCGCCCCGCAGAGCAAUCACCGAUGCGGAAUGGCCUCAGCGGGACGUCACCGACGGCGCGACAGAAGCCUCGCUUGCUUGAAUCGGUUUUUCAGUUUGAUUCGGACAGCUUGCCUGUUUGUAAGUUAA